AUGAUCAACAAUAGCACCACGAGUAAUGCCCUCCGACAAGCCUUGUGUGUUGGAGGAACCUCAGGCAUUGGCAGAGGAAUGGCCAUGAAAUUCGCCCAAGAAAAGAUCAAUGUGGUCAUUAUGGGACGAAAUGAAAAGGUCGGAAAGGAAAUUGUUUCGGAAAUGAAACAAUUGAAUCCCGAAGGAACGUAUGAAAUGAUGGUCUGUGACGCCUCCUCAAUGAAGGAAAUUGUGAAAGCGUGUGAGGAAUUUAAAAAGAAGCACUCACGAUUGGAUUAUGUCGUUCUCUCUCAAGGUAUUGCCACUACCGAAGGAAGGAAGGAAACGCCAGAAGGCAUUGAUACCAAAUUAGCACUUCAUUACUAUGGAAGAGUUAUGUUUAUCAAACAAUUGAACGACUUGCUCAGAGAAACUUCGAAACAUACGGAUGUGAGAGUAUUAAAUGUGUUCAGCGCUGGUGUUCAUAAAGCUUACACCAAUGUGAAUGAUUUAGAAUUGAAAAACGAUUAUUCCUUGCUAAAUGCAGCAAAUGCUGCUGGUUUUUAUAAUGAUUUGGCAAUGGAUCAAUUUUCAAGAGAACCAGGAAAUGAAAAUAUUUCCUUCAUUCAUGCUGCACCAGGAUUUGUGGCAACCAACUGGGGAACAGAAUUACCAACACUUCUUCGAUGGGGUACACGAUUCGCUCAAUUAUUUGCAUCCUCAACAGAGACAUGUGCUGAAAACAUGAUGAAGGGAUUGACAAGCGAUGCAAUGAGAAGAGGAUUUCACCUGAUGAAUCCAAAGGGAGAGGAAAUUGGGAAAGUCACUUCUUCACAUAAUGACGUUUUCAGACAAGCUGUUUGGAAGCAUACCAACGAAUUGUUGAAUCAGGCACUCUCAAAAUAA